GGUUUACCUUAGUAGAUAACGGGGCAGCGGGUCCUAUAUUCUUCACCUUCAGAGCUAUUUCCAACAACCGCCGCGGCCACGAUAACGACACCUUCAAAGCCUCCUCGUUUCUUCGAUUGGCUCGUUUUCUGGGACCUCCGUCUGAAUUUCAAUUUCUUUGACUUGACCCAUUAUUCGCCCUCUUCUUUGAGUUUCUUCAUUGGCUUCGUGUACAUUCUGUUCCUUAUGGGAAUUUGCAAUUGCGUUAAUGGGUUCUGCAGCAAAGAGGGACGCUGGUUGGUUAACUUCACGGUGAAGGUGUUGCUCAGGUAUCCCUUUUGAGCAUCAAGUUAAAAAUGGGAGAUGUUAUACUGUUUUAACUUCGUUUAUUUAAUGUGGAUUUGGGAUUUUGUAGUGUGAUUUAUUAAGUAUAAUGUUGGGAAGAAGUGGGCUUGCGGUACUUGGAUUUAGAUUGAUGAACAUUGUUGUAUCUUGUGUUUGAUUAUGGGAGUUAGAACAAGAGGGAAGAAUAUUGUCGUGAAAUUUGGCUAGUAUCUUUGGCUGUGGAAGGGUGUGUUGGAAUGGACUUGUGGGUAGUUGCAACUGCCGCUGGAGCUGGAUGUUUAGCCAAGUAUUGGCAGAAACUGUUGAAAGAUGGGAAUACUUCAUCUCAAAUGUCUUCUAGGAAUUCUAGUAAUGGGGAAUUAGGAUCUCUGGAUCAUCCCUUCCACCAAACAGAACAAGGAACAAAAGCAAGUGGAGAUAUUCUUGCUGGUGAAGAAGAGGUUCUGAAUGGGAGAGAUUAUGUUGGGAGUCGAUUCAAUGUGGCUUCUACUAGUGGUUUUGAUUGUGAAAAGAUGGAUAAUAUGGGGAAUUGGCAGGAAUACAAUGGUCUUUCAGUAUCCAAUUUGCCACUGGAAUUAUCAACGGCAACAAGUAAUGAUCCUCAAACAUUUGGGCAUAGAAGUAGUGUAAACGUGAAUGUGAAUGAUAAUAUGAUUGAUCAGCUGCCUUGUUCAUCUUCUAGAGAACUGAACUGUUUUCGGCCAACUGUGAGGAAAAUAGGAUCUCUUAGACAUAAACAGUCUUAUGGGAGAUUUAUUAGACCACUUAGUUCAUUAGAAAGUUGUGUGUUGUCUCAUCUCUACAAGGAACAUGUUGAAAUGGAAGAGUACAUCCUACAUUCAUUUCAGUCACCAUCCAGAUCAACUAUGAGGCGGUUUGUUGUAAAUGACGGAACCCGCAUAGUCAGGCGGCGAGUUAGAGACUCUUUCAGCGUUCAGGUUGAUAUGGAUGCAAGUAACUUCCAUAAAGAACCAUUUAUUGGAAAGAACAGGAAUAUAUAUGGGAUACCUUUGCUUCCGAAAACACGGUCUUUGAAGACCUCAGAGAUGAUAGACAUCAAUGGAGGGGGGAGACAAAGUGAAGCAAGCAGUGCCAGUCCAAUGCAUAAUGAGAAGUUCCUCCAUGCAAAAGAUCGAAUGAUUCUAUUCUGUCUUGGGAUAUCUAUCGGCUUAAUUUCCUUCAUGGAAAAUAAGCGUGAAAUAGACAAGCUCAAAGAGUUGUUAAAGCAUACUGAGAACUUGGUCCAAGAUCUACAAGAGGAACUUGAGAUGAAGGAUUCUCUGACAGUGAAGGAACUUUCAAAUGAGAAUUGUGAAUCAGUAGGCAUAUCUGAGAAUUCAUUCUUCAAUGGGAAAGACCAGAAUCUCAAUCCUUCAGCUAAAUCUGAUGAUAAGGAGUUAUCCAAACCAAAUCCCGAAGAGGAUUCAGAAUCUCUGAGUAAAAUUGAAGCUGAGCUUGAAGCAGAACUUCAGAGGUUGGGACUAAAUACUGAAACAUCGAGUGCAGAUAAAAGAUUCGCUGAUCUUCAUGAGCUAGAUCAAGAAUUUACGGUAGAUUUUUCUGAAGGUGAGUUGAGAGCUGACAUGAUCAAUGAUCUAAGUCCUAAGCUUCAGCAAAAUCAAGAUGCAAGUGAGUUUACCUCCUCGGGUAACUACACAGUUUCACCUUGGGAGCUUAGUGUUCGACUACACGAAGUCGUUCAGUCAAGGCUCGAAGCACGUGUGAGAGAGCUCGAAACGGCCCUUGAGAACAGCGAGAGGAGACUUCACAGCAUUGAAGCCAAGCGAACUGAUUCUUGGAAAGAAUUCACCCAUAAUGAAAUGCUACAUUCAUCUAGUGAAGAAAGUCUAACUGCUCAACCCCUUGUUAUGAAUUUAUCAGGAGAAGCUCUAGAUGCCUACAACGAUGCAUAUAAUGAGUUGAUGGAUAUCGACGAUUCAGAAGAAGAACCUAUGCAUUCGCCUUCAACAGGUGAUGAAAGUAAGCAUUCACAAAGCCAAACUACUGUUAACGGUCAUCCAUUUUCAGUUCAGAAUGGGAGAAGAAACGGAUCGAUAAGCCUGGGUCGGAUACUUGUUGAGGAGAAAAUGAAAAAUUCUUAUAAAAAGUUUGGCACAAUGAAUGGAGAGUCAAAUGAGGUAGAUGGGAGUGAAGAUGAAAGCAGUGAUUAUGAUGAUGAGGUAGAAAAGCAGUUGAUAAAGCAGAUUGUUGAGAAAACCAGAAUGGGUUCUCCUGUGGUUCGGAAUGCACAAAGAUGGUUAUUUUCGAUGGAUAAAGAUGAUGGCUGAGGCAGUUAUAGAAGACGAUAGAUAAUGUAAGUUUAGAAAUACGCCCAACGAAAAGAAAAAAAAACCAAAAAAACAAAAAGAGGAGUGCUACAGUAAAAGAGCUCGGCCCCCACAUUGAUCAAUCAUUAAUGUAAACGCUAUACAUUAUCAUCAAUUAUUAUUUUGCUUCAACGAGCUUUCUUUAUAUAGUGCAUCA